CGAGGCACAGGGAGGGUGGGGCCCACACGGCAGCGAGAGACGCUUCGAUGGACGCCUCCUCCUCCGCCUCCGCCGGCGGCGAGGCCGACGCGAUGGCGCUCGUGCAGGGGUACAACGCCGACGAGCUCGCCAUCGCCGGGGAGUUCCUCACCACGUGGCUCCCCUUCCUCUCCGCGGGCCUCUGCGCCUCCUGCGCCGACUCCCUCCGCAGCCGCGUCUCCUCCCUGCUGCCCCCGCAAGCCGAGGAAUCCCCGUCGUCGCCGCCGCCGCGGAUCGAUCAGAUUGAGCCCUCGGGGUGGGAGUCCGAUCCGGCUACGGCUCACCCGCAGCAUCUGCCGUUCGAGCCGAGCGGAUGGGACUCGGAUCCGCCGCAGCUGCCACCGGAGCAGGAGCAGCAGAAGCAGAAGCCGCAGCCGGCGGAGAAGCCGCGGAAGUCGUGGGCAGACAUGGCUCAGGAGGACGAGCUCGCCGCCGCGGCAGAGGAGGACGCGGCGGCAGCCGCGGCUGAUGACGGCGAGGAAGGGAGCGAGGCUGGUAGGCCGGGUGUGCAGCUGACGAGGGAGCAGCGGGAGCUGAGGCGGUUCCGGAACGUGGUGCGGAGGAAGGAUUUCAUCUGUUUUGAGAGGGUCAAUGGUCGGCUCGUCAAUAUCCUCGCUGGCCUGGAACUUCAUUGCGGUGUGUUUAGCGCGGCCGAACAGAAGCGUAUUGUCGACUACGUAUACGAUCUUCAGGAGAUGGGCAAGCACGGGGAGCUUGGAGAUCGUACGUAUACGGAACCCCAAAGGUGGAUGCGUGGUAAAGGGCGAGUAACAAUCCAAUUUGGAUGCUGUUAUAAUUAUGCCACGGACAAGAAUGGAAACCCACCAGGCAUUAUUCGAACUAUUGCUUCUGAUCCGAUGCCUAGCUUAUUUAAGAUCAUGAUCAAGAGAUUGGUACGGUGGCAUGUUCUACCAAAGACUUGCAUACCAGACAGUUGUAUUGUCAAUAUAUAUGACCCUGGAGAUUGCAUCCCACCACAUAUUGAUAGUCAUGAUUUUGUUCGGCCAUUCUGUACUGUUUCAUUCCUCAGUGAGUGCAACAUUCUUUUUGGAUCUACUCUGAAAAUUGCUGGCCCUGGAGAGUUCACUGGUUCACUUCCAAUUCCUCUGCCUGUUGGGUCGGUGCUUAUCCUAAAUGGCAAUGGUGCUGAUGUAGCAAAGCAUUGUGUUCCUGCAGUUCCGACCAAAAGGAUAUCCAUUACCUUCAGAAAGAUGGAUCCAGCGAAGCGUCCGUUCAAUUUCCGAGAUGAUCCAGAAUUGCUUAACAUAAUUCCUCUAGAAACAGCUGUACAAGAAACUGGCAGAUCAUCAGAUGAAGGUAAGGGCAAGCAGCCUGACAUACAGAUCAGAAAUCCGAGCAAAGCACACAGGAACAAGAAAUCUAAAGUAAGAACAUCUCCUGGAAAGGGUGGACGGGGCGGCAUUCUCGGAGAUGGACCUCCUCAAUAUGCACAAGCUCAAGUCACUGGCAUUUCGUCACAGCAAAACUUCCAUGGCCAGCCUACCAUCUCUGGUUCAAGUGCUGAGAGAGAAAGACGCCCUGUUGGUCCAUUGAGAGAGUCAAGAUAUCAGCAGGAUGCACCUGGCAUGCAAUCUAACAUGGAUGGUAUCAGAGAGCGGGCAAAUUGGUUGGCUCAAGAGAGGAUGCAUGGUAACAGCAUGAAUUCGAUUGACGAUGGCACGGAAUCUCAGGAAAGGAGGCAGCGAAUGGAGCACAGACAGAUAUUGAUGAUCAACCGCACGAUCAACGAUGAUAUGGAUUCCCUUUCAAUCGGGAGCCAUGAAUCUGACCAGACUCGUGUAAGCGUACGAACACUAUACAACAAGCCAAGGAGGACCAGGGUAAACCUGGAUGAGUAAGCAAGCAAGCCAAGCCUGUACUCAAAUCUGUGAACUUGCUUUUGCUAAAAAAGAAAAAAAAAACUGUGAACUUGCUGUUGGGAAUGUUGAUACCUGAAAGCAUACUUGCGCUGUAUAUUUCAGGAGGUGUGACCAGAACACCAGCAGAUAUAACUUACUAAAACACUUAGUAUUGAUUUGAUGAAAUUUGUCAGCUGAUAGUCAGGCCCCUAUUCUGUAGAUAAGAGUAUUUUUUGGGAAUGCUGUAAUUGUGACUUAAUAUGGAUGCAUUUCUCGUUGAUGAAUGAGGACCUCUCAAUAAUUUGAUUCCACUGUGACCACAA